AUGGGUGCCCUAGACAUCUCCGUCGAAGAACUUCUCGAGUCCGCACAGAGAGACGCCUCCGCUCAAGAAGCACACACUACCACCACCAACAAAGACGAUGACGCCGCUCGCUCUCGCCGCGGCACCACGGCCGAUGUUGACAUGAAGGACUCGGACAACGUCUCUGCUAACGGAAGCACUCGUAGUAGGCGUGGCGACCGCUCAUCCCGCCGCCCUGAUUCGCGUGACCGUCGCGAGCGCUACCGAUCCAGUGGUGGUGACUUUUACCGCGGAAACGGCCGUAACAGAACUAGAUCCCCUUCAGACGACGACAGAUACUACCGCCCCUCAGACCGCUCGCGUAGAGACGACGAUCGCCCUCGCCGCCGUGACAGAGAACGUGGCGAACGUCGUUCUCCCCGUCGCGACCGCGGCGAUUCAUACCGUGGCGGACGUGCUGCUCGUGAUAGAUCCCCUCCUCGCCAGAGAACCCCUGAACCCACCGAUGACGAGCGCGAUCGCCGUACAGUCUUCGUCCAGCAACUUGCCGCUCGCCUACGCACCAAGGAACUCGAGGCUUUCUUUGCUCAGAUCGGCCCCGUCAAGGAAGCCCAAAUUGUCAAGGACCGCGUUAGUGGACGCAGCAAGGGCGUCGGCUACGUCGAAUUCAAGGAAGAAGAAUCGGUCCAGAAGGCACUUGGCUUGACUGGUCAGAAGCUUCUUGGUAUCCCCGUCAUUGUACAACUCACAGAAGCUGAGAAGAAUCGCCAGGCCCGUGUAGCAACUGGACAGCCUACGCAAUCUAACGGCAUUCCCUUUCACAGGCUCUACGUCGGUAACAUUCAUUUCUCUGUCACCGAGGAAGAUCUGCGCGACGUCUUUUCGCCAUUUGGUGAGCUCGAGUUUGUCCAACUACAAAAGGAGGAAAAUGGACGCAGCAAGGGUUACGGUUUUGUGCAAUACGUUGAUCCUGCUCACGCGAAGGCAGCACUCGCCGACAUGAACGGCUUCGAAAUUGCCGGUCGUCCCAUCCGUGUUGGUCUCGGCAGCGACAAGUUCACCCCCGAGUCAACCGCCAGUUUGUUGCAACGUUUUGGUAGCCAAAACCAGGCUGCUCAAUUCCAAGGCUCGUCCUUUUCUGGCGCUGGAGGUCGUGGUGCCCACGCUGGCGGUAACAACAACUUCGACCGUGCUGGCGCCCGCGAAGAGAAGGGUACUGGCGGUGCCAGUGCUCUCGAUGAUGCCGACGUUGGAGGUGUCAACUUUAACAACUUCAGCAGAGACUCCCUCAUGCGCAAGUUGGCUCGUACUGAAGACCCUGCUCCACAGACCCAGGCCACUUCUUCUCGCCCCCGUGCUGAUGCCAANAAGACUGUUAUGCAUACUUCCGCCCCGAGCCGUUGUAUCGUAGUCAAGAAUGCCUACGACGAAGCUGCCCAAACCGACCCGCACUGGGCAAAAGACCUCGAAGAAGAUUUCAAGGAAGAGUGCAGCUCUAAAUACGGCAAAGUCGUCCACAUCGGUGUUUUCCGUGAUAGUUCUGACGGCGAAAUCUAUGUCAAGUUUGCCGAUAUUGCCGGAGGCGACAGCGCCCUCAAGGGCCUUAACGGCAGGUACUUCGAUGGCCGCACGCUGACGGCCACGCCAGUUGUCGAUGCUGUCUACAACAUGAACUUCCCCAAAGCUGCUAGUCUCUAA